AUGACCGGGUGUUCAAUCUCGAAAUGCUCGGCUUCUGCUCGCGAUCGUGAGGUCUUUAGAUACUAUCUCCCCUCGUCAAGUCUCCCCGAUAAGGAAGCUGGCGCCUCGAAGAGAGCUUCCAGCGAUCCGACCUUGACAGCAUUUGCACAGCUAGGAUGUCUGCGGAUCAACUGCAAGCGCGGCAUAAUCACACUUUCUUCGAAGGACACAGAAUAUGUACUUGCUGAAGCAACCCAGGAGCUAUCUCUGCAGAAAGACGAUGACGAGACGGACAACCUGUGGCAUGGCGAAGGAGCACUUCUGCCUGGGAAGCAAGGGCUAGGAGCAGAGAUCAGGAAGGUGUUCGAUGGACCAGAUUCGCCAGCUAUUUUCCUCUGCGGCGACCUCGCGGCAGACGACCGAUUCAAGGAUGCAUAUCCUGUUGUGAACCCACCACAUUUACGAGCGUUUGCAUGCGUACCCCUCGUCUCACCAUCACACAAUAUCCACGUUGGGAACUACAUUGUGGUGGAUGACAAACCGAGGGAGGGGUUGAGUGAUGCGGAGCAACAGUUUUUGGUUGAUAUGGCUUUGACGGUUAUGGAUUAUCUGGAGGCUACACGGGUGAAGCGACAACAAUACCGGGCGGAGAGGAUGAUCAAGGCGAUUGGGUUGUUUAUUGAGGGAAAGUCUACUCUGCGGGAAUGGUGGCUGGAGACCGGACAUAAGUACCAGCAUGCGGCGUUGAAGAAACGAGUUAGGGAUAGCACACCUCUCGACCGACAAGCGGAUAUCGAGUUUGGUGUCCAGGAAACGACGGAUUACUUCUCGCGGAACGGCUUAAAUGGACUGACGGACCGUAGUUAUAGAAGCGCUCUGGCGAAAUCCCCUUCGUCUGUCUCUCUAUCUACGACAGAUCACGGAGAACGAAUGCAUGUUGGUGAUGGAAGACCACCAAUACCUAGGAACGAUACCGUCCUUUCUGGGAAUCUAACACCUACUUCAGUACCACUCAGUGCGGAUGGAAGCUCACAAGCAGCGAGAAGAGAUACAUUAGCUUCCACGACCGAUACCACUCCUUCAGCUUUGGCCUCCGAAUCUCAUCAAGACCGCCACAGUUCAGUGACAACUUUUGACGAUACAAUGACGGAGCCAACUCCAGAUCCAGAGAAACACAACUCUGUUCAGUUUGACCUGCCGCCCGAGCCCACAGCGCAAGAUGAGUCAAAAGACUUACAGAAUGCUGUUCUGUCAUCUGAUGUGAAAGGGGUAUUUGCUCGAGCCAGUAAUCUAAUCCGAGAAGCCAUUGGAGUCGAAGGAGUCAUUUACUAUGAUGCAAGUGUAGGUUCCUUCGGCGGUAGUUCCAAUAAGGAAGUCAUGAACGAGAAGGCACCAGGAGCCUUCAGCUCAGACCAAUUGAUUGACAACAUGGUCACGACAAGCGAAGACGACUAUGGCCGACAAUCCUCUGGCACAGACGCGGAGCACAAACUCGAUAACCCAGCACCCGAUGCAUCAUCAGAUAAAUUCUGCAAUAUCCUUGGCUUCAGUACACGUCGAAGGUCGAGCUUAAAGGGGCACGAUGCUUUUGAAGAGCGAAAGCGUUUACCGGAGACUGUAUUGAGGAAAUUACUGAAGAGAUAUCCGCAUGGCAAGGUUUUCAACUUUGAUGAGGAUGGCACUUAUUCUUCGAGCGAAUCGGAUCAUACUCCGGCUGAUAACGUGAAGGAUGCGCAAGGGAAACCUGAGAGGAAGCAGUUGUCGGAUAACGCGAAACGGAGGAACCGGAGUUCGAAGGAGUCAGAAGCUGCUGCGAUUUUAAAGGUUCUUCCUGGAGCGAGGAGUGUCUUUUGGUUUCCUCUUUGGGAUGCGUCUCGCGAACGGUGGUUUAGUGGAUCAUUUGUUUGGUCUUCCAGCUCUACCCGUACCCUGUGCCCGGUUGAGGAUAUCACUUACCUCGCUGCUUUUGGCAACAGCACUAUGGCUGAGAUUGCCAGACUCUCAGCCCAGGUUCUAUCGAAAAUGAAGACAGACUUCAUUUCUAGCAUUUCUCACGAGCUGCGAUCUCCACUUCAUGGCGUUUUGGCCAGCGUGGAGUUUCUCCAGGAGACUCAAAUGUCAGAAAUACAAUCCGAUAUGGUCAGCAAUAUUCAUGCUUCCGGAAAGGUACUUCUGGAUACUAUCAAUCAUGUUCUGGACUUCUCGAAAGUCAAUCGGAAGACGAAGAACAAGAAGAGGAUGCCGAAGAGAAAGCCGAAGAAGUUUGGCAGACGGGAAAGUGUCGACGAAGGAGGAGAAGAGAAGGCCGAUAUUUGCAUAUUGUCCGAAGAGGUUAUCGAGAGUAUCUAUGCUGGCCAGAGUGUCAGCAAGAAAGCCUUGGGAUUAGCUGGACAUCGUCGACAUGCAUCUGUAGGCAAUUCGGAAUCUCCUGUCACUGUCAUUGUGGACAUUCAGUGGCGACCUAAUUGGACAUUCGAAAUCGACGCUGGAGCUUGGAGAAGGAUUAUUAUGAAUCUCUUCAGUAAUGCGAUGAAGUACACCAAAGCUGGGUUUGUCAAUAUCGCCAUUGAGAUCGAAGAGGAUGUAGCGUCUUACAGCAGAAGAUCAAGAGCGAACAUUGUUCUGAAGGUUAAAGAUUCCGGAAAGGGCAUUUCGCAAGAAUUCUUGAAGCACCAACUUUACAAACCUUUCACCCAGGAAGACACUCUCGCAACCGGAGCGGGUCUUGGAUUGAGUAUUGUCAAAGCAAUCAUACAGGAUUUAGGAGGUAGGAUCGAAUUUCAGAGCGAACCUGGAUGUGGCACAGAGGCUACUGUUCGUAUCCCGCUCACGGAACGAUUGCCGAAACCCGACAGUCUGAAGAUUGUGAAUGAGGUCAAGGAGCAUGUUCAAGGAUACAAAUUCCGACUGGAGUGUUUUGACCGGUACCCGGACAUCGCGGAAACUCCUACUGGCAUUCUCUCGGCUGAAUUCGAGGCUGCGAUGAUGUUAAAGUCGACAGUGCAAGAUACACUGGUUGACUGGUUUGGCAUGGAAGAUGCAAGCACAGCGUCAGAAGCUCAUGUUGCAGAUGUGGUUGUCGUUAUGGAAUCUGGAAUGGGCGACAAAUCACUGGAUGAGAUAUUGCAAGCACAUUACGACGCUUAUCCGAAAAAGGAGGGGAAGUCAGUUGCUGUUGUUCUUACAAGCUCUUACCAUUCUGGACCAAAGAUUGAUUCUCAUAACCAUUUCCGGAUCUUCUAUCUACAGCAACCAUCUGGACCACAUAAGAUUGGAAAAAUUCUUCACCAAGCAUUCUGUAUGAUGUCAAACGGCAUGCCUCACGAGACGUCAAUCAUGUCACCUACAGAAAGCGAGCCCGUAACACCCAUCGUCGCUCCUGCACCCGAAUUCCCUAUCAGUCCGCCUACAUCCGCAACAUUAGACUUUGCUCAUCGUGCUCCUCUCAAGGAAGUACAGAUCCAAGUCAACGAGAAUGCGGCUGUAGAAUCGAACUCUCCUUUGCAGGUGAAGUCGUCAGAACAAGAAAACACAAAAGUGCCGCCAACAAACGGGGAGACUCCUGAGACUGACAAGGGUCUUCGAGUCCUUUUAGUGGAAGACAAUGAGAUCAAUCUCAAGCUUCUCAUUGCCACAAUGCGGAAGCUAAAACUUGAUCAUGCAACAGCUGUUAAUGGACUUGAAGCAUUCAACUCGUAUAAAGAAUGCGAUGGCAAAUUCGAUGUUAUAUUCAUGGAUAUUUCCAUGCCCGUGAUGUCUGGCAUCGAAUCCACGCGGCACAUUCGACGAUUCGAGAAGGAGAAUGGUCUACAACCUGUUGCACUGAUUGCGCUUACUGGUGCGGCGAACCCGAGCACCAGACAAGAGGCGUUUAGUAGUGGUGUUGAUUUAUUUUUGACGAAGCCUGUGCCAAUGAAGGCUUUGAGGGGAAUGUUAGAUGAUUUGAGGAGGGAGGGGAGGGGUGUUUUUACUGGUAUGUGA